GCAUCGCCUGAGGUCCCACGCGUUGCAGACAAUGUCGCUGAGUUAAACUCGGUUCUGCACUUACCCUUUCCAUUAGGUGUGGGGACGCAGGGCCACGAGCUCCGGUUAAGCAGACAGACGAGAAAAUCCCACGCUAGAUGCAGCCCCGCUACCUCCAGGACUGCGUCCCCCACCCCGCUGGGCACAGGGUUUCCGGCUCGGCUGAGCCGAAGACCCCUCUCAUGUGCCCAGUGUCAAGAGCGAUGAACAAGCAGGGCAACGGGAGGACGAUGAAAGAAGGGCCCAGAGAUCUGGCAUUCCAGAGCACCACUCUGCCAAAAACUGGGUCGUGGCCUCGAGCCUGCAGCGCCAACGGCCAGUUCCAGGCUGGUGAUGACUCUUCCCUCCAUUACGAAACGAGCUUCCCUGAAGUCCUGGACGCGGCCCCAGGCCCCACGGAUGAUGACUACGAAGCGCCCGGGCUUCCCGUGGCAGGGGCGUGGCAGCUGAUGAAAAUUCUCCCCGCCAGGCCGCUAAAGGAAUCGGAAUACGCAGACACGCGCUGUUUCGAGGACGUGGUGGGCCCUCCCCUUCCCUUCGACGGCACGAGGUCGCUCCCUGCAGAGGGGCCAACCUGGAACAUGCAGGUGGACAAACCCAUUUCCAAGGACGUCGGGAGCCGGCACGUGAAAGGAGACAAAGCCACCAAGAGAAACAAGACUCCUCUGCCACCUCCUCGGCUGCCUGUGCUCCCUCUCCCCAAGAAGUACCAGCCCUUGCCGCCCGAGCCGGAGAGCAGCAGGUCACCCCUGCCCCAGAGGCACACCCUCCCCGAGGUCCAGCGAGGGCCCAGACAGAUAAGCUUAAAGAACCUCAGUGAGGUCCUUGGAACAGAGAAAGCGCCGUAUCAGCAGAUGAAGCCUCAAGCAUCUCACCUGUCACAAAAUCAAAGCUCUCCAGAGACCCCUCAUGCUGUCGCCAGCUCUUCAUUCAUGACGAGCAGCCACAGUACGCAAAACCGAGAUCAUAAAGGAAGCAUGCAGCCCCACCCUGCUCAGCGAUGCCAGUCUCCAGCCACCUCCGACCCUUGGGAACCUUCUCUCCCCGCCGGCACCACAAGCGGGAGAAAACCUCUCCCCACAAGGCCCGAUGGAAAGGCCGCCCAGCACAACGGAUGGUACGUGGGCGAGUGCAGUCGCCGGGAGGUCGAGGAGGCCUUGCUAAAGGAGAACAAGGACGGCACCUUCUUGGUCCGAGACUGUUCAGUAAAAUCGCAGACAGAGCCCUACGUCUUGGUGGUGUUUUAUGGGAACAGAGUCUACAACGUGAAGAUCCGCUUCCUGGAGAGGAGCCGGCAGUUCGUUCUGGGCACGGGACUCAGAGGCGGCGAAUUUGACUCGGUGGAAGACAUCAUCGAACACUACAGGUAUUUCCCGAUCGUGCUCAUCGACGGGAAGGACAAAACCGGCACGAGCAGGGAGCAGUGCUACCUGACGCGGCCGCUCCCGCUCAGCAGGCUGUCCUCGCCCUGGUAGCCCGAUCCCUCUCACCUGCGGCUCCCGCGCCCGAGGCCUCCACCGCCUGGCGCUUCUGUCCAGAGAUUAUUUUCUGUGGCUCUAAGGAUGACAGUUUUGACAUUGUAGAAAAGCAUUCCAUGGUGGAAAUGGGAAAUGCAAUCAUGGCUUGGAAAGCUCGAGUCACAGAAGACAGGGGUAAAAGAGGCAAAAGUCAAACUGGACUUUUAAAAAAAAACUAUCUUGUAAAGAAGCAACUAUAAGGACAGCCAUUAUGCUCCUGUUACGGAGGAGCCACAGAGGUUACGAAACUCUCGCUUAAGUUUGCAGCUGGCACAGGGCAAGUCUGGGUGAGAUUCCCAAAUCUACGCUCCCUAUGGGUCUUCAUGCGGCCUCUCUUUGUUUCAGAAAUGCUUGGACUUGUGAAUUUACAAUGUUUUUGCGAUUCCUCAUGCCGAAGGUGUUAGGGAAUGCUAGCUCCCUGGCACUGGGAGUCCUGGAAACCCAGUCCUAGGGCAGAAGUGUGUGAGGAAAGUAACAGCACUCGUGACUAUCCCGUGAAAGACAGGAAUCAGAAAUGCGUUUCCGCAGCUGUGAGGCCGCCUGUCUCCGGAAUACGCCGUUUAGAGCCGCUUAAAGACAAGCGGAAUCAGCAGAUUCAGAGCGAGGGCGUGAGCUUAAGUCUGAAUGAGAGUAUCAUUACUUUUAAAACUCCAACUGUGCCCUUCCAUUCGAAGGAAGAGCCACCCCCAGUGUAGUGCGAUGUUGCAGGAACAUGGUGCACGUCCCCGCUCAGGGCUGAGAGGGUGUCCUUUUAUUCUUGUUUCACAGCACAGGUGCGGAGACGGAGGCUCCAGGGGGUCACUGAUCUUCCUCCGUAUAGGCGGGGAGCCCAGAUUUUUACCCAUUUUUGCCUGGCUCCCUCCAAGCACAUCUCCCCGGGUAGGUUUCCUGCCCAGUGAAAGAGAAACAACUCAAAAAUUGACCCACCUUUAAAUAUAUAAAUAAAUAAACUCUUGUAGUGAAGUUAAAAAAAAAGUUCUGGAUGAAAUUAGUAGCCCACAAUGACUUCAAAUAUAACCAAAGCCUCCAUGUGAAAAUUAUAGAGUACUUAUGUAAUUGUAGCUACAAUGUAGAAGCAAAACCAAAAUAGCAUUAAAAGGCAGGAGAUAUCAGGGGAAAUGAUACACACAAUGCCCAGGCUCCCCUCUGGUCCAAACCUGCCGCCAAUGAGCGCUGAGCAGAGUUCUUAGCGUCUGCCAGCCGCCGGCGCAGGCGCGCGGGCUCCUCCUUUCACAGGGUCAGCAUGACGUGAUGCCCCCAGGAGGUCAGCUCAGCAGCCCUGGAAAGCUGGGACUGCUGACGCCCCCCCCACCCCCAGCCCGCCCUGGAGUGCGCCUGCACAGGAUAAGAUGGGACCCACGAGGCCAGAGGGCUUAAACUGGAGCUCAGCUACUACGGAGCAGACCAACCUGAGCUGAAGGCACUAUGGCGGCUAGUCACGCUCAGCUGGGCUCUAGCAAACCCAGGCCCCUGUGGAAAUGAACUUGGCAGAGAGACCGCAGGCUCCUGUGUGGGAAGAAUCUACUCCUCACCCUAACAAGCUCUGGGGAGAUUUCACGGAGAACUCUGAUUCACUUACUCACUAGGGCCAUGCCACUCCAGACUGUGAAACUUCUGCUUCUCCUUGAGCCUUGUUCUCGGGACAACAGGGGGGCAUCAGGGAGUGGCUAGCAGUUCCGUCAGGCUUCUGUUUCUGAAAUGUUUUAGCAGCUCCUCCUCACAAAUGCGUGAUAGGAGGCUAUGUGG